AUGGACCAGUCAUCGUACAAGGACGCAGUAACCACCCGCGGCAUCAAGUACCACUACUACUUCUCCCCGCCCAAGGACUCCAAGCCCAUCCUCCUCUUCCUGCACGGAUUCCCCUCGACGUCCUGGGACUGGCGGCACAUAGUCCCGUUCUUCAAGGAGCGCGGCUAUGGAGUGAUCGUACCCGACAUGCUGGGCUACGGCGGGACUGACAAGCCGACCGACCCGCAGCAGUACAAGCUCAGCCUGAUCGCGAAGGAUUUGGUGGACAUCCUCGACGCCGAGAAGGUUGAGAAAGUGAUUUCUGUCUCGCAUGACUGGGGCUCGAUGGCCGCCUCGCGCCUCGCGAACUUCUACCCGGAGCGCGUCCUCGCGUUCGCAUUCUUCAACGUCCCAUACGGGCCGCCCAACCCGAUGACCGCCGAGCAGCGCAACGAGCACUUUUCCAAGCUCGCGGGGUACGAGCGCUUCGGGUACUGGUUCUUCAUGGCCAGCCCGGGCGCGGACAAGCUUAUAGAGGAGAAGUGGGACUCGUUCCGCAGCCUGUAUCUCCCCGUCAACCCCAUCUGGUGGAAAGAGUACCUCAACCCGAGCGGCGGCGUGAAAGCAUGGCUCGACGCCAACAGGAUCGAGCCGCUCCCUUCGUACAUCACCGAGGAGGUCAGUAGGUUAACUAGCUACAUUAUACCCUUGGUUGACCGGGUGCGCGUGCAGGAAAUCAACCACCACCGGGACAUACUCCUGAAAGGCGGGCUCGCGGGCCCCGUGUGCUGGUACCGCGUGCUCGUGGAAGGCAUCACGCCUGAAGACGACAAAAGUAAGGCAACGUCUUUACUCUGUUACGAUAGCCUCAGGUUACUCAUGAUUUCGAUAUUCAGCUGUCCCGCCGGAGAACAUCAAGGUGAAGCAGCCCGUGUUCUACGGCGCCGCGACGAAGGACUACGUCUGUCUCGCCGGGCCGAGCGCGGCGUCACUCGAGCAAACCUGUCUUGGACCGAAGACGGUAAAGGAGUACGACGCGGACCACUGGGUGAUCUUCUCGCACGCGAAGGAGGUGAACAAGGACUUGUUGGAGUGGAUCGAAAGUCUAUCCUUGUGAUUCAACGCUUCAUCGCCAGAGUGGCUUAA